AUGCAGUUUUGUAUUCAACCGACUGAUGCAGUGGCGCACGCGGACUUUUUGUCGAGUUCAUUGGGUCGCCGUUCUAUCGGUGGAGGAGCUGGAGGUUUUAACUUAAACUAUGACGUCGCGACACCUAUUAGAUCAAUUGAUGUUGGUGGUCCUGACCAACAGCAGAGGUACGAAUUUGUUGCUCAGUUCGUUACUAGCGCAAUCAAUAAUGUCAGCCACGGGCUGACCGUUAAAUCUGCUAUGAAGAGUCUUGGCCUCGAACACGAGAAAGAUACUGUUCCUGGACUGGAGGUCCGACUUCUACCACACCAGCUCAUAGGUGUUACCUGGAUGCUUGAAAAAGAAAAGAGCAAAGACAAGGGCGGCAUCUUAGCAGAUGAUAUGGGUCUCGGAAAAACAGUGCAGAUGAUCGCCGCUAUGCUCUUGCAUAUGCCUAAUAUCGACAGCGAAGUUUGCCGAACAACGCUGAUCGUCGUUCCCGUCGCUCUUCUGCAGCAGUGGAAGGAAGAAAUAGAGCAGAAAACAGGAGAGACACUUACGGUCCACAUUCAUCAUGGCAAGGACAAGCUUAAGAGAGUGUCAGAAAUCAAUUCUUACGAUGUCAUUGUCACUACCUAUCAAACUCUCAACGGGGAUUUUGCAAUGCCCAAAGAUAUCGAUCCAACAGAAGAAGCCGAAUGGCUUUCUGAAUAUGGGCGAGUACCACAGCGUUGUGAAUGCAUAGUCCUUGUCUCAUAUAUUGCGCCUAGUGGAAUCCUUGCGCGAACACGUUUCUAUCGCGUCAUUGCAGAUGAAGCCCAAUAUAUCCGGAAUCGAUCAACGCGGUCGAGUGUAAGCUUAGCACAUGUUAAAGCUAAAUACAGGUGGAUGCUCACUGGCACUCCUGUUACAAACACUCUCGCUGACAUAUAUGGUCUUCUGAGGUUUGGGCGUUUCAGACCUUGGAAUGAUUGGAAUGACUUCAACACACACGUGGCGCGUGUCCAGAGUGAAGACGCCGUGCUCGCAGGUAUGAGGCUUCAGUUGCAAAUUUUACGCCCUAUAUUGCUUCGCCGGACGAAGGGCUCCAUGCUUGAAGGAAAGCCGAUUUUAUCACUUCCGCCAAAAGAUAUCGCCAUUGUUAACCUUGAAUUUUCGGAGGAAGAAAGAGGGCUUUACAAUUCCUUUGAGUCCCGAAGUAAGAUUCGACUGAGUAAAUUUAUCAGAGAAAGGACCCUUGUCAAGAACCAUGCUGUUGUUAUGAUUCUACGGCUCCGACAGCUAUGCUGUCACCCAAAUUUGAUUCUGUCUUUAACAGAUGGUUAUGACGACCCCACGAUGCUACUGGCGGGCGAAGCUGAGAAGGAGCUAUCCCGUGCUUUGAAAGUUCAAGGUCGGCAGUGGGUGGACGAUGUUAAGAAGAUCUUUCUACUUCGUGCUCGUGCUGCGGAAACCUUCGAUUUCGAUGACGAUGAGGAGGGGGGGGAGGGAGGGGGGAGCUGUCCUGCUUGUGAAGACUAUCUUACUAACGAGACUGGCCGAAUUCUUGGAUGUAAGCAUGAGAUGUGUCUUGACUGUCUGCUUGAUAUGCGCAACGCUCCCAUCGCUCACAACGGCGAAUUUGGGAAUGGCAGUGAAAAGGAGAACCUCGCCGCAGAGAAGAGAUACGAAGAGGCGGCAUCCAAGGGUCACAGGCCGUGUCCAACGUGCAAAGAAAUGCAGAACGUCAGCGAUCCAAAAGUAUUCAGAUCGAUAGCUUUUCAACCAACAGAUGAGGAACUGACGAAACACGCCAAACGGAAACGCACAUUUAAGAGCGCGGUCGUCGAUUACGACAUAUCUGAUGAGGAUGAAGAGGAACAGAAACCUCUAGAAGAACGGGUCGCGUCGGACGACGAUGACGACUUGCCUGAUAUCACAAAUAUUAUGCUGCCCGAGAAAAAGAAGGCCAGAUUCGAACGAAACGUGUGCAGUUUUCCUGAUGAUACGUUGGAUCUGACAAUAUACGAUAUAUCCGCGCCCCUCCAGCCAAGGUCUGAAGAUGCUUACAUGGAUCAAUCACCUGGAAAGUCCUCCCCAACCAAGCUUAAGGCGUCAAAUAAAGCUGGAGACGGACCUUCAGAAGCUCUGAUCGCAACAUGGCGGAAGGGUGAUGACGAUAUGGAGCCGAGCAUAAAGAUGUUGAAAUUACUUUCUCUCUUGAAGGAAUGGGAUGCCGGUGGGGAUAAGACUAUAUGUUACUCUCAAUGGACAUCUAUGCUUGAUCUUCUCGAGACUCUAUUUUCUCGACACGGGAUUCGCAGUGUGCGUUUUGAUGGAAAGAUGGACCGAGCAUCCAGAGACCAAACAAUACAAAUGUUUAAAGGGGCAGGAGGACCAAAGGUCAUUCUAAUUAGCACAAAAUGCGGUGGUGUUGGGCUGAACCUGGUGGCGGCUAAUAGGAUCGUUAAUAUGGACCUGUCAUGGAACUAUGCAGCGGAGUCGCAGGCUUAUGAUCGUGCUCAUCGAAUCGGGCAGGUGAAGCCUGUGUGGGUUAAACGACUCGUUGUAAAGAACACCAUCGAAGAACGUAUGUUAAAACUCCAGGAUGUCAAAGUCGGCCUUGCGGAGGCUGCUCUCGGUGAAGGGGCAGGCAAUAAGCUGCAUAAGCUCAGUGUGAAGGAUAUCAAAUUUGUGAGCAGCUAUAACCUUCUGUCUAGUCUAUCUCCCAUUCUGAAGAUCUGUCAGCUGUUUAACAUGAAUAAGGACCAGAACGGGGCUCCUCAGCCAGGUGAUGGGUAA